UGAUCGAUUUUCCCGAAGUAAUCCGAAUUGACGUCGCCGUCGGGACGCCCAGUGACGUCCAUUGCGCAAAGGCGUCAUUGAUUCACAUAGCCUACAUUCGGAGGUCUCGUGCACUCUUCGACAAGAACUGACGGAACUCCUCUUAUCGCCAUGAUAUUGGCGAUAGUUCUGUGGAGUGUAGCCGCAGCUUUCGCCUACAUUCCGGAUGGCAAAGACAAUUUCAUGCCCGGAGUUUUCCUCCGGGAAAUCGUUAAUCGAAUGAACAAGGAUUUACCGGAUUUGGCUUACAUGGACUUCCCCGAAAACCGACUCCCGCUUGGUGUGCGCUCCCUAGGACGUGAGAUGGAAGAAGAACCACUUUUCCCCUUAGACUACGAAGCUUUGGGUGAACCCAACAUCCACCCAAGCAUCCGUGAUCAGGAAUUCCUGGAACAUAGCAGCCUCUAUGGAAGCCAGUUUAUGUCAGGAGGGGCUGGGGAGGGCAAACAGAGGCUGCGCCCCCAAGGCACCAUCCAAAACAUUCAAGAAAUUAAAUCCGACUCGACUUUACCAGCGUAUUGCAAUCCGCCUAAUCCCUGUCCUGUUGGCUACACAGCGGAGCAAGGUUGUAUUGAAAAAUUCGAAAACACGGCUUCUUACAGCAGGAGAUAUCAAGCAGCUCAGGAUUGUAUGUGCGACACUGAACAUAUGUUUGAGUGUCCUAAUCCCAACCCUGGGGAUUCUGAUGACGAUUCGUUCAAUGAUUUGGAGUUUAACCAGUUUUUGCAACACACAAUGCAGAUGAAUCCCGGGUUGCAACAUAAGAAUUUGGUCGCGAAAAAGUUCCAUCAGUACGCAAGAACGAGUGGUCGCUUGAACCCGUUUCUGAGUGGAGAGAGGUUGCCAGUGGCGGCCAAGAAGGGCAACAAUGUGGUAUUCUGAAGGAAAAGGUGCCCCAAAGACAAUUACGAGUGGCGUCAGCUUUUCCAGUGCUGGCCGAAGAAGCUGCCGCCACGCAAAGGACAGUCUGAUCAAAACGACAAACGACAUGGCAACGAAUAAGGCUGAUGAUUCAAUUUUGAUUCUUGGAAGCACUGUACUUUAGGAUAUCUCUAGAUGCUUUAAGUGUUUGAAAUAAUCGUGUUUUUUAACCCUGAGAAGGCCCCAUACUGUUAAAGAACUGAGGACUCGAAUUCUCUUGUAAAAUAUGGCGUAUCGUUGGCCAUAUUACAACCACGAAAUUUGACAAAGUGUUUCUCUGAGUGACCGAAAUGUCGUUUGACCCGGUUUUUAGUUUGUGAUUUUUCGGUUACUGAGGGCUAAGGACAUAUCAAUUUGGACGAAAAAUGGUGUUGUUAAGUCGGGUAGUAGGCCCUAUUGAUUUUCGAAUGCUUUGUUAACGGUCUCUUCGGAACGUUUGAUGCAAAUCCUCAUUUCUAUCAAGCGCUCCUCGUGUUUAACACUGCAAAGUAAAAUCAGUGCGCGACUUAAAAAUACCUUUUGAUCAACCCAUCUCUGAUGGAACCAAGAUAUGAUCAAAUCAUAUGUAUCAUUACCUUGAUAUUGGAAUCUCUCGGAUUAGUAAUGGAUAAAACAUUUAUUGACAAUUAAGAACAUUUAUUGAUGUUAAUUCGUUAUCAAGAUUUGGUGUUUUAAGAUUUUAAAAUUUGUGUGAUCGUGAGAUGGUUGACCAUUUCACUUAUGCUUAUAGCUAAUCAGAUGUAUAUUCACUAUGUUAUCUUGAACAGACCACAGCAACAUUAUGGAUCUGUUCCCUUUCAGAUGUCAAAAUAUAUAAUGUAUUCUCUUAAUGCAAA